GGAGCUCGCACAGAUUCCCACCGUCCUCUGGAGGCUGGGGCCUGUCAGAGCUGCAAAACAGCCGUUAAACAGUACAAGCAGGAUAUCACUGUUGAAAAUGAUCCCCCUGCUUUCCAUCCCGAUACACUCCAGCCCUUUUUUGCUCCCGAAUCUGGCUAUGUAGUUGGCGCUCUUCAGAACAUGAUACACUGCUGAAGACCUGCAAAGUCCAGAUGAAUCUGCAGUAGGAGAGGAUCGGACCCAGACCUGCCAAGAAGGAAGGACCUGGCAGAAAGAAACAGGCGAUGAGGAGCAGCAGCAGCAGCAGUAAAAUCAGAACGGCAGUGACUUCAGACACUGUGUCACCCACCAUGGAGAUGACGAGAGAGCUGAUGGAGGACCUGGUCAGGUUGGAUGCCGAGAUGCAGCUGCUGUCACAGAGCUGCAGGUUGCAUGCUGGCUCCCCACCUGUGGACCUCGCUGAUAAGGGAGAACUGAAGAUGCUCCACCGCCGCAGGAGAGACCUGGAGGGAGAAGAAGCAACACAAAGCCAAGAGGAGAAGGAUAUGCUGAUGCUGAUGACAUACUCCAUGGUUCCUGUCAAAGCCUUAAUGGAUCUGUGCAACAGCUCCAGAGGAGUUUGUCUAACAGGCCCACCUGGACCACCAGGUUUGCCUGGUAGAGCUGGUUCACCAGGACCACAGGGUGUGCCCGGACCGCAGGGGAAACGAGGAAGAAAAGGACCCCCUGGUGAAAAAGGAGAACCAGGACUUAAAGGAGAUCCUGGGCCUCUACGACUGAAAGGCGAGACCUACAACGACAUUCUCAUUGAGGGUCCUCCUGGUCCGAGGGGUCCACCAGGUCCAGCAGGCCCACCUGGACCAGCCUGUCCUGCUUGGUAUUGUAAUAAAGUGAGAAAUGAGUUCAUCAGAGAACACAACCAAAAAACCAACCUGUUGACGGAUUCAUCUCCUUCUCUGACUGGGGUGACCCUCAAUGACACCGACACAGAAAACCGCAGCUCUACAAUUAAUAAGACCGAAUCACCAACGGCACAUCCACCCGAUGAAAGACAUGCUGACAUGCUGAAUGUUACCGCUUCUAGAAAACCUCAAGGCAAGAGUACGGACUCUGGUUUAGUAUCGGUUCAUCCAGGAGGUAGCUAUGACAUCUUGAAUGAUACCAAUAGAGAUAAUGUCACAGAGGGGCCAAUUAGAUUAUUAACAGCUUUAUUUCCUCCUGACCUGAGUCAAAACAGUGAGGCCUUCAAUGGCAGCGGAAGCACUAAUGAUACACCCUUGAAAAAUGAGGUGGUAUCACCUCAUCCAGACACGUGGAUUGAAACUGCCGAGAAUAUUGCAAAGACGUUAAUAGACCUAUUCUCAGUAUUACCAGCAUCACAUCCAACACACGAAUCCAGAGAUGGUUUUACUGUCACCGACUCUGAGAAACUUCGAGACGCAGAUAAAGAAUCUGAGUCUGUAUCAUUGCGUAUAGACUACAGCAACAACACCCUCCCUGACUCCAACACAGAGGAUGUUACAGAUGAACCAGUUAAAGUGACAGAUUCACCGACUCCUCAUCCAACUAACAACAGGGACGUCACUGACUCUGGGAAAACUAACGUGGAAGCUGAGUCAAUAUCAUUUCAUGGAGAUGACAGCCAUGGCACCUCGACCUAUACCGAGAGAGAAAAUGCUACAGAGGCACCAAUAACAUUAUUAACAGCUCUGCUUUCUGCAGAUCAAAACAGUGACUCCUUAAAUAACGGUGACACCAUCACUGAUACAUCCAUAAAAAGUGAAUCACCAACAACACAUCCGGCCGAUGAGAGCAGCUACAUACUGACUGUUACCGGUUCUAGAAAACCUCAGGACAAGAGUACAGACUCCGACUUUUCAUAUUCACCCCAGAACAACAAGCCAAAUUUGUCGAGCAACGAGAGACCGACAGAAACUGUUGGAUCUUAUCUUUCUGCAGAAUCACCAACUCCGGGCUCAACUGACAAUAAAAGAGACGUCACUGACUCUGAGAAACUAGACACAAACAUGGAAGCUGAGUCAGUAUCAUUUCAUCAAGACAACAGACGCGACGCCUUAAACGAUACCAAAGGAGAAAAUGGUACAGAGGCACUAAUACAAUUACUAACAGCUGUACUGUCUGAGGACCAAAACAGUGACUCCUUCAGUAAACAAGCAACGCUUAUUGAUACAUCCAUGAAAAGUGAUUCACCGACUCCUCAUCCAACUAACAACAGGGACGUCACUGACUCUGAGAAAACUAACGUGGAAGCUGAGUCAGUAUCAUUUCAUCGAGAUGACAGCCAUGGCACCUCGACCUAUACCGAGAGAGAAAAUGCUACAGAGGCACCAAUAAUAUUAUUAACAGCUCUGCUUUCUGCAGAUCAAACCAGUGACUCCCGCAAUAACAGUGGAACCAUCAUUAAUAAACCUAUGAAAAGUGAAUCAACAACUAAACAUCCAGCUGACGACAACAACAGAGACGUCACUGAUUCUGACAAACGCCCAGACACAAACAUGGAAGCAGAGUCAGUGUCAUUACAUCAAGAUGACAACCAAGACACCUUGAAAGAUACCAAAAGCAAAAAUGCUUCAGAGGCACUAAUAAAAGCAUCAACAGACUCUUCAUAUCAACUCCAGAUCAACAACAAGAUCAACGCGACAACUAAUGAGAGAAGGACAAAAACUGAGUGCAACAUUAAAACUAUUAAAUGUUCGGUGAAAAACAACAAUACUGAGAGCACUUUUGGCGCCUUGAUGUCCGAUGCAUUUCGGCUGGAUGACGGCCGAUACUGGUUGGCUGAUCAUUUUUCAGGUCGACUUUUGGUGGAGUACAGGAACUUAUCUGAAUUUAUACAAGCUUCAAAACACUUCAAAAUUCUCGACAUCAGCAGGUUCUACCAGGGCUGCGGUCAUGUUGUUUACAAGCAGUCGCUUUACUUUCACCACGCAGGAACAAACAGGCUCAUAAAAUUUGACCUGAACACGGGGAGGAAAAACACUCUGAUCAUGGCAAACAGCAGGUAUAACAGUCUGAAUUAUCUCUUCCGCAACUCAAAGACGUAUUUCAAGUUUUCUGCGGAUGAAAACGGCCUGUGGGUCAUUUUUGCAUCCGAUACAGAUGAUGAUACAAUGGUUGCGAAGAUUAACCCUGACGCAUUCUUUGUGGAGUCAGUUAUUAACACUCAUUACCCCACAACUAAAGCAGGAAAUGCUUUCAUUGUGUGCGGGGUGGUGUAUUUUACAGACAACAAAGACAGACGAGUUACAUACGCCUUUGAUUUAAAGAAAGAGACUCUCCUGAAUGCAAGUUUUGAUUUGAGGCCAGCUAACGGCACCCUGGCUAUGCUGUCAUAUUAUCCCAACAAAAGGCUUCUGUAUAUGUGGGACAACAGCCGUGUGAAAAUCUGCAAAGUUAAACUCAAACUGGCUUAAACAAAAAUAACCACAAACCUUGUAAAAAGAGCAAUAAAAUUAUUAUUAAUAAAAUCUUUUAAGAAUCUUAAAUGGUUUACGUCAAUUUUUUGCAACACUAGC